ACUUCCCGGACAGCAUGUAGCCUCCUCGAGCUGCGUCCAGUGAAGAAGAAGAAGAAAAAGACGAAGAAAAACACUGAACUGGAUUUUUACUUUAUUCACUUUAAUAGAAUCUGAUUCUACUGAGGAAGAUCCUCAGAGCUGCUCCGCUGGUUCAGACUCUGGUCUCCAUGUGAAUCCAUGGCGGGUGUUUGAGAGCUCGUCCUCCGCCGCCUGACUCACAGGAGACAGAAGAAGUGCAGAUAAACCAGAUUUAACAUGUCUGUCGUGGGAAGAGUUUCCUCCUCCGUCCUCCUGUCUCCCAGGAGGGAAACGGUGGCGCUGCAGACCAACCCGGCCGACAUCCCAGCAAUGGAGAUCAAACUGGGAGCGCUGGUGGUCCUGCUGUCCGUCACACUGCUGUUCGGCUUCGCUCCUCUCUGCAUUGUCCGGGGGGCGGGUCGCUGCAGCGUCGACCCAGAGUUGCGGCGCAGGCUGCUGAGUUUGAUCAGCUGUUUUGCUGGAGGAGUUUUCUUGGCCACCUGCCUGCUGGACCUGCUGCCAGAUUACCUGCAGGGCAUCAACGAGGCCUUCAGCAACGCAGGAAUCACACUGCAGUUCCCUCUGCCUGAGUUCAUCAUGGCGAUGGGCUUCUUCCUGGUCCUCGUCCUUGAGCAGAUCGUCCUGGCCUUCAAGGACCAAUUGUCUUUGCACCUGGAGGAGCACCGGGCUCUGCUGGUGGACUCCAGUGUCCAGCAUCACUCCCAUCAUCGCCGCCAUGGGUCGGAGGAGUCGGACGGUGGCCACUUCCAUGUGGACUUUGGCUCCCAAUCCGCCCUGCGUGCAUUCAUCCUGGUCUUCUCGCUGUCUCUCCACUCAGUGUUCGAGGGUUUGGCGGUGGGGCUGCUGGAGGAGGGGAAGGAGGUGCUGGAGAUCUGCCUGGCAUUGAUGAUCCACAAAAGCAUCAUCUCCUUCAGCCUGGCCUUCAAGCUGUGCCAGGGCCGGCUGCGGCGGUCGGUGGUGGCCGGCUGCCUGCUGCUGUUUGCCGUCAUGUCCCCAUUGGGUAUCGGCCUGGGCGUCGGCCUCACUGAGACCAAGGCAUCCUCGCAGCACCAGCUGGCUUGCUCCACGCUGGAGGGGCUGGCGGCAGGAACCUUCAUCUACAUUACCUUCAUGGAGAUCCUGCCACACGAGCUCAGCCACGGCAGGAACCGCAUCCCCAAGGUGGCCAUGCUACUGGUGGGCUUCGCCGUGGUCACCGCUGUGCUCUUCAUUAAACUGUAACCAUGGCAACAUGGACCCUUGGCAAGAGAGACUUCUUGACAAGAGUUCACAUGUUCAGUAUCUGCAACAGCCAUCAGAUGCUACACCUCAGUGUGUCUGGUUACAAACUACAUUCGGAAUAUGUGUGAAAGAAGCCCUUUGUAGAUCUAAAAAUGCAAACUUUAUUUCUUUUUAAACUAUCAUCAUGCAAGUUUUGUUUGUUUUAAGGGCGCAAAAUACCAGGUUUUAAAACAGAUUUUCCAUUCAGUCCAAUGGAAUCACAGUGAUGAGUAGAUUUGUUUGUGGCAUGAUGUAAAUCAAUGUAGAUUUUUGGCAUUGAGUUAAAUUUUGGUAAAACUUUGACCCAUUAAUUUGCGCCGUUGACCAAUAGCAAGCCAUCUUGACAGUGCUGUCCUUCGAGGAUACAGAGUCCAAAAUGGAGGAAGCUAUCGUAGCUUAUUGGCUGUGUUGCACAACUCACUUUUAUAUAACCCCCUCUGUCAGAGUUAAACUGCUCCACUAAAGGUUUGCAGACAGUUAUGAGAACAGGAGUCGAUGGUACAUAUUCGUCUUUUGCAUAAAGAUAUUGUGUUAUUGGUAAAGUUGUGAAGUUAAUUGCUAGAAAUUAUUUUCCCUUUAGCAACAGAGCUAAGCUAACAAGUUUCUUAACUGACUGUUAGCUUGUUAGCAGUUAGCUCACAAGGCACAGCAGUUGACCAGCUAGCCCGAACUAGCCUUUGGUGAUGUAGUCACUACAUCACGAAGCUUCUGGCUCCACCUGUUUCACAGGGACAAGCAAAUGUCACUUCGUGGUGUGACCACCUUUCUUUUGAGUAUCAAUGUCUCAGCCCCUGUUUGAGGGUAAAGUAAUUUUAGAAAUUUAUAAUGUAGUACAAAGUCAAGAGGUUGUGAUAUGUAGCACAACAAGCCAGUAUUCCUGCACAUGC